AUGUCGGAGUUUGGUACCACCCGGCCGUCUUCGAGAGUGGCGAGCCAGAGCACAUUUUUUGCGAUAAUCGAGACCAACGACAAAGGGGAACCGAUCUGGAUUGAAGAAUGUCCGGGGCGACAAUUCGCCCUUUCGGACACGUUUUUGAAUGUCGCAUCUGUAUUGGCGGCAUUUGAUAUCAGGAAACCCAUGGGCGAAUCUACCGGGAAUAUACUCGAGCCAUAUAUGGAGUUUAUUCCUUAUUCCAAAAUCGUCCCGGGCGCCAUUCGAGUGCGACAUCCGUACACGGUCGGACAAACACGAGAAGCUCGUUCGUCACGGUAG